AAUCAGGAAUAUUCUCAGUUUUUUAAGUUCAAAAUAUCCUUAUUUGAUCCGAAAUUUUAGGCAUUGCUUUUGACUUGAUCUUAAUUUACAUUCUUAGAUUUCCAGAUUCUAAGUAUAUGUAUAAAAAAAUAUAAAAGUUCCUAAUGACUUUUAGUCAUUAUUAAGCUGGGAGAUAUAUAAUUUCAAACGAUAUGUUUAAUACCCUUAGUUCUUUCCGAGUACGAUCAAUUUGUAAUCGGUGUAACACUAUCCUGCAACCUACCAAGCUUACUCUACGGCUUUGCAUUUUCGUUAGUCGCUUGAGUAGACACUCUAUCGAGUGUAAAGGAUUCCUCUAAUGAUGCUUUCUGCUUGAAAUAACUGUUCGUUUUUUCAGAAACGCUUUUGGGUAUCGAUGAAACUUGAAGCUCACAUUAGAAUGAUGAUACUUGCUUAAGAUCGUUCUUUCAAGAGAUUUUUAUUGUACUGAAAAUUUCUCUUUUUCUUAUAAUAUUUUUCCACUUAUUUUUCUGUUUUUUAGAACAUGAUAUUCUUACACUUUCAAAGCUCGUCGCUUGAUCAAUUAAAUCCUGUUCUCCUGCAUUUAGCGAUGCUUCCUGUGUUACCUCUUUCGUCUCAGACUGGCGAAUAUGCUAUUUCAAAUGCGAAAAACGAAUAGUUGAUGAUUUGUAUUGGUACCUGGUAACAAGGUAUUGGCUGAUAUCUUGUUAAGUACUCUGACGGAUAUUGCUUGUGGUUUUAGAAAUUGUUUCGAACUUCGAUGCUCCUCCUAUUGUAAAGAAACGUUCUCUCUGCGUAGCAAUUUUUGUUUUGAACUAGGACAGUAUUUACAAUUAGCAAACAUCCGCCGUUGUACAUAAAUUCUAUUGGUUUCGAAAUUAGCGAGCAAUAUCUAAUUAAAUGCUCGCUUCUGCAAAACAAUAUCAACACUUGAAUGCUUUUGUAAAGGAGUUGAAAAUCAUCCAGGCAUCCGUUGGAAAGGUGACUGGGGCAAAAAUUAUCUGACGUCAAAGUCUUCGACGUGAUGGCACAGAAGCUGAUGAAUAAUAUCACCCUAAACAGAGAUAAUCGAUUAAUUUUGAACGCGUUUCGUAGCUAAGAAUAAGUUCGCGUGACGUAGAGCUUUAUUUGUAACGAGAAAAGGUGUUGCGUACCGUAUUCAAACUCAUGAUUUUCAUUUCAUUUAAAAAAUGAAAGAAUCAACCAGAGAUGAGCGAUUCUGCUUUGAACUUAUAUAUAGGCUUGUUUAGAAUUUAAUAUUUGUUAAUAUACAUACAGCAUAUCUAUUGUAGUUAAAUGUUCGUUUCCAGAAAAUAUUAGAGAAAAUGUAAAGGUAUUUACGACAAUAUAAAGUUCUCCUUUAAAACGCAUUAAGCGUUAUGAUCAUCAUCUUCCUGUUGGAAUAUUCCUUUUGGUUCUCAUGGAUAAAGUGCACAUUGGAAGCAGAGAAUUUAUUAGUUGAACAUGAAACAUGUUUUUUUAUUAGAUCUUAAAUUAAAUUAGCCUGACGAAGGGCGCUGGAAUAUAAUUAUAAUGUACAAGUAAUUAUACUUCGACUACAACAAUAAGUCAACCUUUGUGAGAGCAUGCGCAAUAUCGACUUUUCAUGGGAAACACGGUAGUGAGUUCAACGGGGAUGGAUCUCACAGAACUCGUGCAUCCGUUGCGUCGGUUUUACUCAAGAAGCUAUUAAUGAAAGCGGUAAAAUGAGUGACAGAAAAUUCCUUCAAGUAACGAUAGAAUCUAGUAGAUUUUCAACGUGAUCUUUAAAUUGUGCUUUGUCUUAAAUUUGUUUAAAUAGUUUUGCAUCCGUAUCCACUAUGUUAACGGGAAUAUUUAAAGGAACGCUUUUAUGUUGCGAUGACGAAAAUUCUACCUGGAAUAGUAUAAUUAACGCGGACAGACAUCCUCUCAAUGAGACUACGUCUGUAUUACGUGUCCUUUAUAGGAUAGUAAUUCCUACGAUCGUAAUUAGCGGCAUUUUUGGCAAUGUUUUAAUAUUCCUGGUGUUAUCUACUCCGGUGUUUCGAGGAAUUUCGUACCUAUAUCUCCGAGGAUUAACUUUAGCAAACGCCGGGGUUCUUCUGUCUUGGAUACCUGUAUUUAUUAGAUUAGGAUAUGGAACGAGGAACAAUUACCCGUCUGUUUUUUACCACGCUCAUAUAGAACUGGUUGCCGUAAACACGUUCGCUAUAGCCAGCAUUUCAAUUAUGACUUGCUUAAUUGUCGAUCGAUAUAUCUUCAUUUUUUUCCCGGUUCGCAUCCGCAGCAGAAACGCACGCAAAAAUAUUCGCUCUUUUAUCCUGUGCUCUUUUAUUCUUGGAUUCGCGGUAAGCGCUCCACUAACAGGAAUGAGAACAGUAUAUGAACAGCAAGAAGAUACCGGAACUCUCUUCACUCUGCGUGAAAACACCUCUAUCACCCGAAGUGCUUUAUGGAACGCAUACAUUUGGAUCAUGGAAGUCGUGCUACGACUCUGCCCAACUAUAAUUCUUCUUUUACUGAAUAGCUUUGUGGUCAAAAGAUUUUUGCAGCUCAAUGCUAGGAAGAGAGAAUUUCAGUCGGUUUCGGAGAAGUUUCGUACUGCAAAUGUCCCUGAAACUUCUUUAUUGACCCGUAAUCGAGGAUAUAGAGAAGAACAACAUUUAACUACAUUAAUGUCGAUGAUGGCAAUAUGUUUUAUAGUAACAAUGAUCCCAUCGAUAUUGCUUGAAUUUGUAUAUUAUGAUUAUAAAAGUACAGAUGGUGUUUAUCUCUUAUUUCGAGCAUUUGCUGCUGUCACGGAGCUUUGUAAUUUUGCUAUCCAUAUUAUCAUAUACUUUAUAUGCAGCAGAGUAUUUCGGAAAGAAUUCUUCAAACUUCUUCAGAAUAGAUGUAGGAAAAGUACAGUGGAAGAAGAUCUUGAACGACCAGUAGGCGAAAUCGAAGAUUAUAGUCGACAUGGGACAACAGUUCGAUUAACACCAGAACAGACAAAGUUAAAUUCUCCAGCUUCUGCAAGUAAAUUGAAUCCUAUGGAAGAAGAUAAAGAAUCAGAAGUAUUAAAUGCCUCUGAUAUUGUUUAAAGAUUAUAUUAUAAAUAAAACACUUUACAUGUAA